AUGGUAAAAGAAUCCAAAAAUGAUCAAUUUAUGUUUCCAUCUACUGGUGGUAAGCUUAGAAAACAAGGUUUCAUUCCUAAAUCUUCGAAAAGCUAUCCAAAUCACUCCUAUAUCAAUAAGCUAUUCGAUGGUUUUGUAAAAAAGAACCUUCAGAGUAUAAUUGACGACAUUGAAAAGGAAUUAAAUGGUGCUAAAGAAACAAAAGAUAAUGCACAGAAAGUGUUGGAUACUACUAUGAAGGCUUCUUUUAAAGAUGAUUAUUGUUCAAGUGAUGAUGAAGAUGAAUUUGUUGAUAACCUUUUAAAGGAGUAUGAGAAGAACAAAGCAGAAAUCAGUCAAGCUUACAAAAAAAGAAAAACAGAAGCUGUUUCGCCUAUUUUUGCAACCAAAUUGAAAAAUAUCAAUGAAAAGGAUAUGAAGAAAUUUGGUACUUUGGAAAUUCAAUUCUUUAAAGCAAUUGAACUUGACAAAUUCGAAUCCAACUUGAAAUUAGAAAAGUCACACAAAGUUGUUGUUCAAAUGAAAGCGAUUCAAAGCAAGUAUUUCAAGUUUUUAGAUGCUGAACGCAAAUUAUUGGAAGAGAAAGAACAGUUCUUAAAAGAUUGGCAAGAAAGAUACAACAAGAUAGUUUCCGACAAAUCAGCAGCAGAAGAAAACGAAGAUUUGAAAUUAAUGAACAAGAAUAUUGAUAUGUAUGAUACCAUUAUUGCAGGUGUUCAACAAGAAAUGAAAGAAGAAAUCGAAAAAGAAAAGGAACUUGCCAAAACUAAACUACAAGAGAUGUAUGCUAAAUUCAAUAAAAAAUAA